CGAAAGAGUUGAUUCUUGCGUUCCGAGGCACGUCAGAUCUUCAAGACUUCACCGUCGACCUGAAUCAAACUUUGAUUCCCUACGAAUCUGUUGGUAUCUCUGGCUGUAAUGGUUGUCAGGUAGGGAUUUCGCGCUAGUUUGCCGUCGAUGUUGCUGAUCCCGAUUCAGGUUCAUGGUGGUUACGUGACGGCAUGGAACUCAGCCUCCUCAGAUAUCAUCGCUGCUAUCAAAACGCAAAUGGCCUCCCAUUCAGGAUACACACUCACAGUCACAGGUCAUUCCCUUGGUGGAGCACUCGCGUCGCUCGCUUCACCCUCCUUGGUAGGCGUUGGGAUGACCAUUACAACAUACACCUUCGGUCAACCACGAACUGGGAACCCCGCAUAUGCAAAUAUGGUUGAUCAAGUGCUGCCAUUCGGAAAGAUGUUCAGGGUAACACAUGCGAAUGAUGGUGUGCCGCAAACGAUUACGGUUGCUGAUGGAUAUCGACAUCACUCGACGGAGUUUUGGGAGAAUGAUCCUGCGGGUGCGAAUACGACGGUGCAGUGUUAUUAGGAUUGCAAUAACUCGGAACUUGGACUAG